AUGGCUACUCGUAAGGUGCGACAUGUGUCCAUUCCGCUGGGGGCGGCCGACCUCACCCUGGCCGCCGAAGCCGUCGCAGCCGUUGCAGAGCUCAACCAUAACAACAACGCCGCAGCUGUUACCCCGCCUGAGAGCCCAGACUCGGCGACCCUCGCCAAGCGGCGCAAGACAGUGAGCGAAGACAUUCCCCUCGGGGACCGCAACUCGGCGCGUCUGGGCUUCCUCUCCUACAACACGAUGAUGCUCAAGCGACGCAAGUCCAAGAAGCGGAUCACAGACUCGGCCGAGUGGCUCUACCCCAUUCCCAAGACCGAGGGCCUCGAAGCGGGAGAGAACAACAAAAUGCAGACGCGCACCAACUACACCCUCGAAGCGCUGUUGAUUGCCAACAACAUGGCCGUGCUGUCGGCCAUCAUCAAAGCCAUGAACCCCACCGAGGCCGAAGAGAUCUGCGGCGCUCUUCUCGCAGUGUUUCAUUGCAACGGCAAGGGUCACAACCUGAUCCUGUGGACGAUGGAAAGGGAGCUGAAGGUGGAGAAGGUGCCCGAGAACCUCUUCCGGGGCGUGUCGCUGGCGGCGUCGCUCAUGUCCAAGUACUUCCGCAUGAGCGCGUCGGACUACCUGCGCAGCAUCCUGCGACCAAUCGUGAAGGAGGUCAAGACCAAGGACAUGCGGAUAGAAGUCGAUCCGGCCCGGAUCAAGGAGGACGCCGGCGAGUCGCUCCGCGAAAACCAGACCAAGCUCAUCCAUCUCGCCAAGCUCGUCUUCGACCUCUUGGUAGCCUCGCUCGAUCAGUUCCCGAACGCGGUGAAGAAUAUAUUCCAUGCGGCGCAGCAGGCGGUGUCGGAGCGGUUCCCGGAGAUGGGGCACCAGUUCGUGGGCGGGUUCUACUUCCUCCGCUUCAUCUGCCCGGCGCUGGUGGCCCCGGCGGCCUACGGCCUGGUCAAGUCGGAUCUCGCGCCGGAGAACCAGCGCACGCUGAUCCUGAUCUCGAAAGUGCUCCAGAACCUGUCCAACCACAUCCUCUUCGGCGAGAAGGAGCCCUUCAUGAUGUUCAUGAACCCCUUCAUCAACAAGAACUCGCGCAAGAUGGCCGACUGCCUGCAGACCCUGGUCAAGAAGGCCUCGGAAAGCGCCCCCGCCCAGAACGGCAAGUUCUUCCAGAUGUCGGCCGGGAAUGAGAAGCUCAAGAACGAGGCCCUGAUUUCGGUCACGCGGUGCAUAUGCGACCACGUCGACGACGUGAUUGCCGAGCUCGAGCGUGCCGGUCAGGGCAAGUUGCAUAAUGUGCUGCUCGAUUCGCUGCGCGCUGUUGCGAUGCUGGCCAAGACCACGGGAGUCAACAUCAACCACGCCGCGCUGGCUGCACGCACGCGCGAUUCGUCGUCGCGGUCGCCGUCGCCGCUUCCCUUCAAGGGCGACAACGGCGACGAGUACGACCAGGACGACGACUCUGCCGACUCCGACUCCGACCCCAUCUCGACGCACCACGCACAGCUCCAGCGCGGAGCCAGCGACCUCGGCCCGAGCCAGGACGCGGCCGUGGGCGAAGAGGAACCGGUUGGGGCCACCCUCCAGUCCGUGCGGUCGGCCGAGCUGCCGGCGGUCAAGAACAGCGGACGCAACAAAAUCAAGCGCGGGCACCGGCUGUCGUCGCCGCUGGCGCUCUCGACCAGCGACACGUCGGUCCUGAUGCGCCGCAAGUCGCUCGAUCGCGAGUACGCCAGCGACGACCUCGCCAACCUCAUCAACCACAACCACCACCACAGCAACAACCCGCUAGCCCACAGCGGCGAGCGGCAGCCGGGCGAGGCGGUGGCGGACACCACUCGAGCGGGCAAGGUGCGGAUCAACCUCAGCCUGGACGCGCUCCCGCCUCCGCGAAAGGAAACCGAAAAGGAGAAGAUCAUCCGCAAACUCGAACACAAACUCGAACGAGUUCAUCGUCUCAAUCGAACGCCGAGCCCGCGCGAGUCGGCGGCGGCAGCGCCGCUGAAGGAGAGCACCAAUCCGCUCUACAACCCGGUGCAGAGGCCCAAGUCCAAGGAGCCCCUGUCCUCGCCCCGCAAGGACCAGGCCUCCGACGCCAACAGCGAGAAGGAGGCCGGCUCGCGCUUCGUCCGGCUCAAGUCCCUCAUCGGCAACAACAGCGACGACGACCUCGGACCCAAGCAGGAGGUGCGCACCACGCAGAACAUUCUGCUUAACUACAUCAAGGACCGCGAGAAGGCGCCGGCCACCACCGCAGCAGCGGCCACCAGCCCCACCAGCAACCACCACAACAACACACGCGCGGCGGCGGCGGAGGAGACGAUGACGUUCACGGUGGUCGGGCGCAGCGAGGGCCCACCGGUGGUGGUGCCGGGUGCGGCUUCGCGCGGCGGCGUGGAGCUGAUCGAGUCGGAGAAGCGGCGCAGCCUGUCGGCGAGCGACAUCAAGGGCCUGCACGCCGACAGCGUCAACCAGUUGGCCUCGCUUCAGCUGGCCGCCGCCACGUCGAAGGGGUCUACGAAGAAGGACAAGAAGCGCGGCGGCGGCGGCGGAGGCGCUGCGGAGGGCCUGGUGGGCUACCUGAGCGAGACGCCGCUGGUGAUGCGUGACGUGAUCAUCGCCGAGCAGAAGAGGCGGAUCGACGCCGAGCGCGAGCUGGUGCGGGUCAAGACCGAGCUCGAGGCCGAGCGGCGCGCGCGGAUGGAGGCCGAGCUCAAGCUCGACAUCGAGACCAAGCGGGCCGUGCAGGCGGAGAAGGAGCAGCUCAGGGAGCUCGAGGCCGAGCGCCUCAAGCGGAUCGAGGCCGAGAUGCGGCUCGAGAUCGAGCGGGCGCGGUGGACCAAGAGCGGCGACGACGACGGGCGCGAGCUGGAGACCGAGCGGCGGCGGCGCAUCGAGGCCGAGCUGGUCCUGCAGAUCGAGCACGAGAAGUGGCAGGAGGACUAUCGCCUCCUCGAGACCGAGCGACGCAAGCGCAUCGAGGCCGAGAUGCGGCUCGACAUUAUCGAGCGCACCUGCGGCUGGGACCGCAACGCAAGCACCACCACCACCGGCGGCGGCGGUGGCUCGAGGGGUGAGCGCGAGCCGGCGCCGGGCUCGCCCGAUAGCGCCGAGUGGAGGCGGAGGCCGCGCAGCCGAGGCGGGAGCGCAAUCGGCUCGGGUGGUGGCGACGAUGUCGAAGGGAGCAGCGGCAGCCCGGACGCGCUGCGGCGGCACCGAGGGCGAGAGAGGGACGAGGAGGGGGACAGGGACAGGGAGCGCGGGCGAGAGUCGCGUAGCCGAGAGCGGAGCAGAGAAAGAGAAAGAGAUCCGCGCGACAGCAGCCGAGAGCGGAGCAGGGAACGCGACAGCAGCCGGGAGCGCAGCAGAGAGCGAAGCAGGGAACGCGAAAGAGGACCCUCGCGGGACGGUAGAGAUCGCGACUGA